AUGGACACCCACUUCUUUGCGGGUUUGACCAAGUUCAAACUCGACGCAGGAAAACACCGACGUGACGAUGAUUUUGCCGAUCGGUUUAGUCACAACUUCACAACUCUCCUGCUUGUCAUUUUCACGCUUGUUGUCUCAGCUCGGCAGUACAUUGGGAAGCCGAUCGCCUGCUGGGUGCCGACGGAAUUCACCCGUGCGCAGGAAGAAAUUUGGAUAAUCUAG